GGGACAAGCCGGCUCCUCCCCUCCUUGCCGGGCUCCAGGUGUCGUUGGCAACUCCAGCUCGACAGUUGAAGGAGUCGUGGCGGUGGGGGGGAGAAUGGCGGACUCGCAGCUGCUUUGCCUGGACGACGCUCACGUGAACGAGAGGGUCAGCGAGCAUCACCCGCGCUAUUACUACAGCGAGGAGCAACGGAGGGCGGUGGAGGCCCUAGUACUUCAGGGGGAAAAGGCGUACAAGGAGAGCCUGAAGAAAGACCAGCUGCGCGACUUCCUCUCCAGUCGGGAGCUGCAGGCCUUGCGAGGCGGUUGGCGCGCUUACGAUGCCCACCUCGACGGUGGCAAACGGCUUAUCGGACCCUCGGGCAAGCCCCUGUCUCUGGCUUACUGGCCCGCGCGGUCCGACACCGAGAUCUCUCCGCUGGACCUGGGGUGGACCAACAACAUUUUCUAUAGAGGAGUCACCCGCUUGGGGCUGUAUACACACCCGCGCAAGGAAGACAAGGCGCCUCAUGUCAAGCAAGUGGCGCGCGAAAUGAUCCAGCAGGCGCAGAAGAUCAUUGCAGUAGUCAUGGACCAGUUUACUGACAGGGACAUCUUUCGGGAUAUUGUAGAUGCAGCAUACAAGCGUCGGAUCCCUGUCUAUAUAAUCUUGGAUGAAGAAGGUUCUAAGUUCUUCCUGGAGAUGUGCAAAGGCCUGGAACUCAGUGAUUUCUAUAUCCGGAAUAUCCGUGUGCGUUGUGUGACUGGAGUUGGGUUCUACAUGCCAUCAGGGAAAAUCAAAGGCAACCUGGCCACUCGUUUCCUGAUGGUGGAUGGUGAAAAAGUUCUCACUGGAUCCUACAGUUUCACAUGGAUCUCAUCCCACGUAGACAGAAACAUCGUCUUGUACUUGACUGGGCAGCAAGUGGAGAUGUUUGAUAUUGAAUUCCGUGAGCUCUAUGCCAUUUCAGAGGAGGUCAACCUCUACAAGGAACUGAACCUUCCAUGCCCUUUCCGCCAAGGUGUUGGGAAAAUGGGAUUUUCUUCCUCCACAGUGGCUCGGAAGGUCAUUAACCCAAAGUAUGGACUAGUGGUAGGAGUUCCCCCAGGUGAAAUGAUGCGCUGGGCCUCCCGCCAAAGGCAAGAGUCACAAGGGACACAAGAAGGACAGGAAGAAGAAAGUGAGUCAGAUAAGCGACUACACGUUUUUCUGAAUGAUCUUUUAACAGUGGAUCAGGUAUUGCCAGAUAUUGAGCCUCCACUUGAGGACCUGAAUAUUGCAAACCGGAGUCCUCAGAAGCUAUUUUCCAGGUUCCAUCUGGACUUCAAAGAUAAAUCCAAAUCCAGGGAGUCCAUCCGUGACCUCAGGAAAGACGAUGUUGCCAAUGGGGAGGCUGGUUCCAAACCAGGCAAGAGGUUUGGCAGUGGAUUUUUCAGACGGGCCAAGCGACCACCACCUUUCAGUGCCGAUGCCAGUUCUAUUGCCAGUGAAACUGCUGAAGAUUUUGUGAUUGUGAAAACAGGGAAGGAAAGCCAAGCUAGCUUUCGCCCUGUUAGUGUUCGUAGUAGUGGAGCCAAUUCAGACAAAAUGAGUCCAAGCUCCCUUCCAGGGGAAAAAGCCAAACAGUCAGCCUGUGUGGUCUCAUGAUUUGAGGAAAACAGCAACUGAAAAACUGAGAACCCAAAGGGGCUUCCUGGAAUAUACAGCUCUGGGUGGCUUUCAAACCUGCAGUCCAGUUUCCUCACAAUGGUCUGUAUAAGCACUGUAUGGUCAAAGACAGAGCUGGUACUUCCAGCUAAAGCACACCUGUGGAGUAAAACACAUGACCUGGAAGAUUGCUAUGUGAAGGGGUAGUAGCAUUAAUUAAAUAACUGUGAUAACUGGAUUUUGGAGUUUAAUUCUAUACUGACAUACAUGCAGGAGAGCUUUCUGUUUCCAUGUGGUGCUAUUUCAGUUUGUCUGGUUACAGACUUCAAAAGAACAUUGUUGCAUCGUUGAUAACUGUACUGCACUUUUAUUAAUUUGUUGAGUUAGAAAUUUAAAGAUAAAAUCUAGUGAAGAUGGUCAUACCUGGGGAUUUUGUUUGCUUUGGUAUUUCUCAAACUUCAUAAAAUCUCCAACCAUCCACAUACCUUUAAAAUUUACUAGGUCUUCUACACCUUCCACAACCUUUUCUGUAACCUUAAUUUAUGGGUAGCCAACCUGUGGCAUGGCUUCUGGUAGUGACAUAGGCAACAAGGGGUUGUGGUAUGUCUAGAAAAGAUCCACUGGGGUCAAGGUCCUGACUACAGUAUAGAGUUCGGCCUGUGCUGCUGCUGAUCUGCAUAGCUCUCUCUUUGGACUAUACAAAAUUAUACUCUGGUACAGGGAGCUGCAUAUGUGCUGCACUGUUGCACUAGUUCAGAGAUGGGGAACCUGAGGCCAAAUGCAGCCCUCUAGGCCUCUCUAUCUGGGCCAGCCACACCCCUUGCUGGACCUGCUUUGUAUCCUCCCUGAGUAUGUUGCCUGACUGGAAUGUGUCCCUGAACCCUUCCUUGCCUGGAUGAAGGACAGAGAGGGAUGUGUGUAGAAACAAGUCUACUACACAAAGGUAAAAUUAACAUAUGUUGCUCUGCCUAUGGAAGGUUGCCCAGAAGGAACUGCAGGGUUCUGCCAAAAAAAGUGGCUAUCCCUAAGCUGGUGGAAUUUAUAUGCCUAUGAAAAUCUCUGAAUUUUUCAUGUGCUGCCCCCACUUCUCUUGCUGCUCCUUCCGUUUGAUAAAAAUGGCCUAAGCAUUUCUGUGCAUGUUUGUUGUUCCUCUUGACAACAGUCUGUUAAGAUGCUCUGUCCAGUGGUCAAUGGAAUUUAUAUACAAGUUCUCUUCAUUCCUUAUAGAGCUUGACUUUUAAGAAAACAUUAUGCAGUAAAACAGUUAUUUGGAUGAAGGCAAGGGUCAUAAUACUGUGGUGUACUGCUUAGAUUCUGCAUGGUUUCCAUAAAUGGAACAACUUCAAAGAUUCAAUCAUAAGAAUUGCAGGUGGCAAAAUAAUGCAAGAUUGGCUGCUGUAAAGAGCAUUAUUUAAUCUUUCCACAGAUCUCUUUAUCUUUACCCACAGUUAUGACAAAUGAUUAAAAGUGCCUGAAUUCAUUUGACUUAAAAGGUCAAGAUUGUUAGUGCAAAAAUCCAACAGAGAUUCUUGCUACUUGUACAAGUUCAGUGGGUUUUAUUCAAUAUAGGGACAUCUCCUAUAAGGCCCUCCUCCGGGUACCAACUCAUCAGGAUGCCCAGAGGAUUGUUAUUAGAUCUAGGGCCUUUCCUGUAGUGGCCCCCAAACUGUGGAACAGCCUACCUGUGGAGAUACGCCUGGCGCCUUCGGUACUUUCUUUUAGGUGCCAGGUUAAGACCUGGCUAUACUCCCAGGCAUUUUAAUGUUCAAUGUGUUCCAUUUAAUUUUUUUUUUCGUUUAACUUGUUGCUGAUUUUAUUGUAAUUUUAUUGUAAUAUUGUAUUUUAAUCUUGUUUUGUUCAC